CGUUCCACUUCAGAACGCAGAGCGACACAUGUCUGUAAAGCUCAGGAAUACCUAUUUCUGAAUGGAUAGUUGUGACUGAAAAUGCUAUUUGUUCUGUUAAGAGCGAAAACACAUAAUACACACCCAGCGUUAUUGUUUAAAACAUAACUACGUAGCAUAAAAGUAUAUACUCCCUUUUUGCUACACAAGGCUGGGUGCCUGCCUAAACCACGCGAGCAUAUCUGCCGGUUUAUAUUUGCAGGAGUGAAUUUGCGCAUUCUGCACCGGUUUCUUGUAUGCUGAGAACAUAAACGUGUCACCAUGAGCUCCCGUCAGUGCAAGAAUUGCGGCUGCACGGACAUUGACAUUGACCAGGCCCGAGGCGAUGCCGUCUGUAUGGGCUGUGGCUCAGUGCUGGAGGACAAUAUCAUCGUUUCGGAGGUGACAUUUGUGGAGAACAGCGGUGGGGGUUCGUCGGCCGUCGGUCAGUUCGUCUCAUCAGAUGGCGCGGCCAAGGCCAUUUCCCUGGGAACGGGGUACCACGCGGGCAUGGAGAAGCAGUCCCGGGCUCAGACGCUGCAGAACGGGAAGCGGCAGAUCAACCACCUCGGCCACCAGCUGCAGCUGAACAAGCACUGCCUGGACACGGCCUUCAACUUCUACAAGAUGGCGCUGAACAGGCAGCUGACGCGCGGGAGGAGGACGCUGCACGUGAUCGCCGCGUGCCUCUACCUGGUGUGCAGGACCGAGGGCACGCCCCACAUGCUGCUGGACCUGAGCGACCUGCUGCAGGUCAACGUGUACGUUCUGGGAAGAACAUUCCUCGUGUUGGCCAGGGAGCUGUGCAUCAACGCUCCAGCAAUAGACCCUUGCCUGUACAUCCCACGCUUUGCCCAGCUGCUGGAGUUUGGGGAGAAGAACCAUGAGGUUUCCAUGACGGCGCUGAGGCUGCUGCAGAGGAUGAAGAGGGACUGGAUGCACACCGGACGCCGGCCAUCAGGGCUGUGUGGCGCAGCCCUGCUGGUCGCCGCCCGCAUGCACGAGUUCCGGCGCACCGUGAAGGAAGUCAUCGGCGUGGUGAAGGUGUGCGAGGCCACGCUGAGGAAGAGGCUGACUGAGUUUGAGGAGACGCCCACCAGUCAGCUGACCAUUGACGAGUUCAUGAAGGUGGACCUGGAGCAGGAGUGCGACCCGCCCUCGUUCACCGCCGGACAGAAGAAGCUGAAGAUGCGGGAGCUCGAGAAAGAAUUGGCCAAGAAGAUUGAUGACGUUCAAGGUGAAAUCUUCUGUUACCAAGACGAGAUCGAGAAUGAGCUGGAGAACAGCCGGCCCAAGCCGAGAGGGAUGUACGCCUGCUCCGGCAACAACGGCUCCCAGGACGACGCCGCGUCCGUCACCCUCAGCCAGUUCGGCGAGGAGGACCUGGAGGACGAGGAGCUGGAGGCGGCCGCCGACCACCUCCGCAAGGUCCUGUACGGCGACGCCCUCCCCAGGCCGCCGGAGGAGGAGGAGGCGGGCGAGGGGGAGGCGCCGGAGCAGCCCCCGCCCUCCCGGCGGCCCUCCCUGGCCUCCCUGCUGGGCCCCCUGCCCACGGCCGCCAGCCUGGGCCUCAGCGAGUCCAUCGAGGAGUGCAUCGACGCCAAGAAGGAGGACGAUGUUACCUCAGAAAACGGAGACUUGGACCUGAGCGGCAUUGACGACGACGAGAUCGAGAGGUAUAUCCUCGAUGACAAAGAGGUUCAGAUUAAGACUGAGCUAUGGAUGAAGCAGAACGCUGACUACUUACAAGAACAGAAAGAAAAGGAAGCUAAGAUAGCAAAAGAGAAGGAGCUGGGAAUCUACAAGGAGCAGAAGCCCAAGAGGUCGUUGAGGAAGCGGGAGCCGAUCCGGGCCAACACGGCGGGCGAGGCCAUCGAGAAGAUGCUGGAGCAGAAGAAGAUCUCCAACAAGAUCAACUACGACGUGCUGCGCGACCUGGACAAGAAGGGCGGCAGCCCCGCCCGGCAGCCCGAGGAGUCGCCGGGCAGCCCUGGCGCCAGGAAGCCGCUGAUCCGACGGAGGCAGGCCAACAGCAGCCCCAGCCUGGCCGCCGCCGUCGGCAACAUGGGCAAGAGGUUACGGCCGUUGAUAUCGGGUCAGCCCAGUAAGAAGCUUGCGAUUGACCAGGCUGCCCUGGGCGGGGCCUCAGCAGGGCCCUCUGACCAACCGCAGUCGGUGCUGGUGGAGAGCGGGCCGGUGGUGUACGAGGACGUGGCGGAGGAAGAAGAGGAAGAGGAGGAAGAGCCCUGUUUCAGUGCCAUGCAGCUAAUGGGUGGCACUGAGUACGGGUGUGAAGGGGAUGACGACGACGGCGGCGGCUUCUAGCGUCCGUGCCUUUGUGCUGCGGUCAGGUGAAGGUCUGCCUCGCCCUGUGGCUCCACGACAGCGAGAGACUGGCACACUGGUGGAGACACUCGGCCGGGUUAGACCCCCGUGUCAUUUUGGACCGGCGUGGGCGAGGAGGAAGACCGCACACGCCAAAGCACCCUUACUCUACGAACAUUUCUGAGCAGCACUUGAUCCCGAAUCGGGCCCGGGCACACGGACGGGGUAUUGGCGGGGAGGGAGGAGUCUUGCGAAGGGGUGGGGUGGCGGGGUGGGGAGGGUGGGGGGUAACGGCGGCGGCGGUACCGAACCGCGGUAGCGGAGCGGUCCGAUUCCCGCCGGAGCCCGCCGCACGGGUGCGGUGCCAGUGUUAAUCAGCAGAAUGGGAGCAUAAACACAUGAAUAAGUAAGAGAGUCAUGAGUAAUUAAGAGUCGCGCUGUCAGAGGCAGACAUGAUGAAUAACCUGUCGCUGCGCGCGCGGGAGCGUCUGAGCAUGUGCUGCAGGCCGCGGCGCCGAGCGGGAGCGACAGAGCGACGCCCGCGCUCGACGGGAGCGCCCGUUCUCUCUUUCCGGUACUUUCUCAGCGGCUAAUGAGGGACGGGCUUUUAUUAGCGCUGCCAUUCACACGCGGGAGCAGUCGCCGCAAACUGAAAAGGGGGGUGGGGGGGGGGCAUGAAAUGGCGACGCGUGAUGGAUGUUCUCGCUUCGUCCUCCAGUAUUUACGGUCGUGGGCGGACCUUGAAGGAACGCGCCUGUUGCGGGACGUGCGCUCGCCACCGAGCGUCUCCAGGCUGGAAGGUCAGUCCAUCCUCCUGGAAGAAAAGACGGUCCGAGAAGGUCCGCCGCCGGCUUGCCUCUUCGCUGCCGCCGUACUUAAAAUGGCCGCCGCCGCCGUGCGGCUCCUCCGCUGUGUCCUUCUCCUCGGCUGUUCCCCAGUGCCUUCCGUUAGCGGUGUAACCUCCCCCUUACCUGUGUCUGAAGCGCUGCAGCGCACUGUGAGCUUACGGUGAGCGUCGCCGUCCCUGUGCGCUACGGCUGGUAGCGCUGCCUCACGCCGCGCGGCUGCCUUACCGAGCGGCCGUCACAGCAGAGUUCAGUUUUUUUAAACCAAAGCAUGACGUCGCCUUAAAAUGGCAGGUGGACUCCCGCUCGCGCUCGGAGUUGUUUACGGAGUCGUUUAUUUUAAUCGAGUUUACGUUGCGUCGUUUAAACCGACCUGACUGCGGCUCAGCCGUCGGCGCCGAGCCGACGCCGCGAGCCGCCGUUUCGAGUGCGCCGUCACGGGCAGAUUUUUUUUGGUUUUUUAAUUGUAUUUUUUUUUUUUUGCUCUUCUCCAGUUGCUGCUGCGAGUUAUUUGAUCACAUAAAUGUGUUCAGACAGUGUUUUCCUGCGCCUGUUGCUGUGCCGAGCCGAUCAGCUAUCUGCAGGGGCAGGGAUCCUUGUGUAAUGUCUUCCCAUUCUGUGUACGCACCUGAAUGAAUGCUAAUGUCUGUUUUGCAUACACACGAUGUGUAGGUUGUGUGUGCAAUAUAUAUAUAUAUAGGGCCCGCGAAUCCAUUCCAUAUGAAUUAUUAUUAUUAUCAUUUUUAAUGAAAUUACCUCUCAAUUGUUGCUCUGUUACAGUGUCAAGGUUAUUUUUUUGUGCUUGCUUCUGGAAUGAAGGGUCUGAAAGGAGAGUCUGUAAAAUAUCGUCUCCUGGUUUAUUCCGUAUGUUGAACGUCACCGCCAUCAGUAUUUCAACAGUGCUAGUCCAGGAACUAGCCCUACGAAAGCUGUCAUUUCUACUGUCUUCUUUAUCGAGCAUGACGCCCAUGACAUUUCAAAUUGUCAUCUCAAUAAACAUCCAUUUCAACAAGCGA